CGUGCGUUCCAUAUUUCUCGACCUUUUCACUCUCCGUUUUCCAGUGUUUCUCUUUCUCUAGCUUAAGGAUUGACGCAGUUUGAAGUAUCUUCUUUUGUUUUCUCGAUUUGGGUUUUGGGGUUUUCUUCUGCUUUAUCCAGUUCUGGUUCUUGAACAGGUUGUUUUGGGGUAAACAAGUUACUAAGAAACUGAACUGUGGCGAUUGUAGUUGAAUAAAGAACAGUAUGCGGUGGUGGCUGAGUCUUUCCGUUGAUGUGUUUAGAAAAGUUAUCCCUUUGAACUUGUAUUGUAGAGUGAUUCUGUAAUUCAGUAAUCCAUAUUAGCAAGUACCCUUCAUUUCUACUCACCUGUCAUCUUAUUAAUCUUCCAUGGGAUCCAUUUUUUUCGUUGUCGUUCCAUGUUACUUUCUAAGGAUCAGCUGAAAACCUUCAAACCCAUUUCUCAAAUUUCUAAUCCAAGACUUAGUCUUUUGAUUUUAAUAGGGGUGGUUUUUGUAGUGGUAUUUCGGUUUUAUCGAUCUGGAUUACGGCUUUUAAACAAGUCUUCGACUGGAAUAUCUCUCGAUUUUUGUAAUAUUGAAGGGUAGGGAACGUAGUUAUGGUGUGCCAAGCAGCUAGCCAAACUAGAUUUCGGGCAUUGAAGUACGAGAAUGGUAUUGCAGGGAGCUCCACCAUUGUAGUUAGAGUUAUAGCAUGCUUUCAACCUCUUCAGGAUUGCCAGGCUGAAUAUUUCCGUCAUUUGCUUAAGCCGGUUACGUAAUUUGGUUUUAUAUUUCCGUGUUCAAGUUAAGCUGGAUUUCUUAGUUUUUCCCCUUGUUUUUGAGAGAAACUUCAAGUAAAUUGCUAUUUCUACUGCCACAACAUUCAACUACUGGUGAUUGUUCUGGUUGGAUGGGAGAAGGCUGCGGAUCCUGGUUUCCUCUGCAGCAAUUUGAUUGGCAAUCACCCAAAUUGAAUCCUUUGGGGCAGCAAAGUAAUAAUCCUCAAUUCAUAAACUUUGGCACUAAUAUGGUCUCUGCUACGGGGAAUUCACCGUUUUAUGGAUGUCGUGAUUUAUCUCACUCGCGGGUUGGCCAAGUUAACGAGUCCCGUGGUUGGUGUUACUGUUUACCCCGCUCCGACAAGGUAUUUGCACCUGUGUCAAACACUUUCUUGAAAGAGAGACUCCCAACUCUCACUUAUGGGAAUGGUACGGAAAACAUCGCUCCCAAGGCAGGGGCUGGGUGUGCUCAGAAGAGAUUCCUUGUUUUCUACCAAUCUGGUGUUCAAACUACAGUGAUGCUUAGUUCUGCUUUUGGGACUCCUAUCAAGUGCGGUUCUUUGGGUCCCAAAUUGCCUUUUGCUUGUAAAUUGAGUAGGGAGGUUCCCUUGGCUAAAGUAAGCCAAAAUCUUCACCCUGGACCAACAUUUAAAGGUGUAUUUGACGAAAAUGGGACUGAUGUGCUAAGUGAAAUGCGUGAGGACACUGAAGAACUCAAUGCGCUGCUUUACUCUGAUGAUGAUAGUGAUAAUACUGAGGAUGAAGAAGUUACAAGCACGGGUCAUUCCCCUAGCACUCUGACAGCUUACUUCGAGCAAUAUGAGGGAGGUGCUGAAGGGGUUGCUAGCUCGACUGGUCUAACCAAAAAGCGAAAACUGCUCAAUAACAGUAAUAGUUACAUGCAAUUCCCUGUGGACAAUACUUGUUCAGUGAAUCAUAAUAGAUAUUCCGAGCCCGAGGAUGAUGCUAAUUCCAGUUUUGCCAAUGGCCAAAAUUCAGGAUCUGAUGGAAUGGAUUCGUCUUCAGAUAACAAGAGAAUGAGAGCGGAUAAAAUUCGCGAGACUGUGAGCGUAUUAAGAAGCUUAAUUCCAGGUGUUGAGGACAAGGAUGCUAUUAUGGUUCUUGAUGAUGCCAUUUAUCACUUAAAAUCCCUGAAACGCAGAGCCGAAACCUUGGGACUUGGUACUAUAUGAGUUGCCACCGUUCAUAUUAGUAGUGUUAGCGUAUAACAUCAGUCAUAAUUAGUCGUUGGUAAUGGAGCGAGCUAAAUAAAUGAAGUUGACGCAGUUGUGCUUGGAGAUGCAUGCAUGCAUUACAGAUGAUCUCGAGUCCCAUUGCGUCUUUUCUCGAAUGAUUUGAGCUGGAAACCAGCACCUUUGGCUUGAAAUCUCUGUGUGUAUCUCGAGAAAGCAUGAUGGUGAAGGAUUGUGAAUCAUUACUAGUCUUGGGGUUUAGAGAAAGGAACAACACAGCCACAGUCCGGCAUCAGAAGAUUGGUUAAUUGGAAAGGGACCCUCAUAAAGGGUGGGCUAAGUGCACGCCUCUUAGGUGUUUUGGGUCCCAAUCUUCACUUUCUUUUUGUAUUGUUGUCAAGCCUAAUCCUUGUGGCGUUUCCUUUUUCUCUUUGAUGUAGAAAGUUGCACGAGCAACUGAGCCAAUCUUCCAUUUCAUCAUCCAACAACUUGCUUGAAUAGGGGUCCCAAGACAUUGAGUUGUUUAUUUGUCUUGAAUGUUUGCGUGUUCAAUAUCUUUUCGAAAUACAUUCGUAACCCUUAAAGGUUCUUUAUGUAUUUGUUGUUGCUUUUGUGUGCCGGUGGCCUGGUGCUAUGCUAUCGUACGGGGUUUUCAAGGGUGGGUUUUAGCUUUGAUAAAAGCUGUGAUUUUUGGAACGAUGACAUCAUUCAUGGUUGGAUGUAAUUAAAGGUUUAUAUAAAUGGUAUGAGGUGUUAUGUAUUUGUCUUCAAACCUAUGUAUUUACGUCACAUACAUGAAUUUAUCAUGUACGAGACAGUGACGUCUUUUAUAGCUUAGCUUC